ACACAAUGCAUUUUUGAAGGUUCGACGUAUGUGGAGAUUUUCUGAGCGCCGCUAUAGAUUGUUAUUUAUAUACACGUACUUCAUACAGAUAAAUAACAUCUAAAUCCGAUUUUUUUGCUGCCGCAAAAAAUUAGAAUUAGAAUAAAACGCAGGAACCAAGAAUUAGACAUUGAUUAUGGAACCAUUUACGUGUUUUAUGGAUGUUGACAGCUCACAAUCAUAUAUUAACGAUUUAUACAGUGACGAUGACAGCAGUAAUGUUCAAGAUUCGUUAAUAUAUCUAAAAAAUGUUGUCAUCGGCAGCGAUAAACAGAAAACAAUAGUCAUCACACAAGGAAUUGUACCGCGACUGAUGUUUUUAUUAUCACAAGAUAACACACCACUACCAAUACGGUAUGAUGCAGCAAUUGUUUUGGGUUCACUGUCGAAGGGUUCCGAUGAAAAUGUGAGAUCCCUAAUUGAAGAUGGCCUUAUACAAGUUCUACUCAAAAUUAUCACAAAUCCAGCCACUGAUAAGCAUCUCAUUGAGAUUUGCCUAUGUGUAGUACGAUCGAUUUAUGAGCAUCCAUUUGCGCCCAAAGAAAUCAUUAAUACAACAUCAACAUUGAGCUAUCUAAUUGCAGGUUUGGCAUCGCCGGAAAAUACAAUUCAGUGUCAGGCAUGUGUGGCAAAUAUUUUGGUGCCAAUUUGUCAUAAUUCGAUUGAUCAAAAGAUGCUGUGUAAGGCAGGUGCAAUUCCAUUAUUAGCUCGUUUGAUAACAACACGAUAUACAAUACUGCAAAUACCUGCACUCAAAUGUUUGGCGGCAAUGUGCUUUACAAAUAAAUAUGUUUCGGAUAUUGUGUGCGUAGCAAACCAUGAAGAGAGAUCAAUUCCAGAUAUUUUAAGUACAUUAACAUCAAGAGCGAGGAUUCCCGAAAUUCAAAUAGCAGCAGCACGCUGUUUAACCUAUAUACAUCGUUCGGGUUCAUUGAGUUCGACCGAUUCGCGAAUCGUUUACAAGACGUUACCGUGUUUGGCUCGGCUCUGUACAGAAGAAUUUGAGGAGAAUAUUCGAGCAACGGCUGCUGAAACAUUGGCAUAUCUAGCUGAAAUUGAUUCAGAACUACAACGACUCGCUGCAAUAAGCAAUCAUUUAAUAAAUUCAUUAAGCAAUCUAUUACAAUGCUCAAAUCCAGCACCGCGACAAGGUGCAUUUCGAUGCUUUGCAUCAUUGGGAGCUAAUGAUGAGGAAAUUCGAAAGCGUAUCAUCGAAAAAGAUGGCAUUAUGGAAGAAGUAUUGGCCGGUCUUGGUGAUCCAUGUGCCGAUGUUCGAUUGGCGGCGGUUCGUUGCUUGCACUCAUUAUCACGUUCGGUGCAACAAUUGCGAACAACAUUUCAGGACCAUUUAGUUUGGAGACCAUUAAUGGCAUUAUCAUCGGGUUCGCCAUCGAAGGAACUAUUGACCGUUGUAACAUCAACCAUAUGUAAUUUAUUAUUAGAAUUCUCGCCGGCCAAAGAACCAAUGGUUGAAUUAGGUGCUAUUGAAUUAUUAUGUCAACUCACACAAAAUUCCGAAUUGGCGCUACGAUUGAAUGGUGUUUGGGCUCUAAUGAACAUGACCUUUCAAACCGAAGAGCACAUUAAAACCAAAAUUAUCGGCACACUCGGCACUGAUAGGAUAUUUCAAUUACUAAACGAUUCAGAUACAAAUGUUAUUAUGAAAACACUUGGACUAUUACGGAAUCUAAUGAGUAAAUCAACGGACAUUGACAAUAUCAUGUCGGGUCAUUCGGAUCAAUUGAUGCAUAUGAUUAUUACCGUAUUAGAAUCGCCGCAUACUCCAGAAAUCAAAGAGCAGGCCUUGUGUAUUAUAGGGAAUAUAGCUGCCGGCGCUGGUAUCACUGAUUAUGUCAUGGAAAAUGAACGUAUUUUGAGAAAAUUAUUCGAUUUUAUAAAUCACAAAGAUGUGAAACUUCAAGAAGGUGCAAUGUUCGCAAUAAAAAAUUUGAUUGAGAAAAGUGAUUUAAAUACACAGCAAAGAUUGUCACGAUUACAAGAGUUGGGCAUCAUUGAAGAGUUGGAAAAAUAUUUAAACUCAACAUCCAGAGAAUCGUCAAGGACUUCCGAAGACAUUCGCGCAAUGAUACGUCGGUUAAAAAGUUAUUCAUCGUAAAUUGAUGAAUACAUUCAGCCACAGUUCAUUUCAACAGAGUACGAAUGUGAAAUGUUGCGCUUUUCAGACAAGAAAAAACAAACAAACGAAAGACAAUGAAAUUAAAGAAACAACAAAGCGUCGGAAUGUGAGAAAUGUGAGAAAGGAUUUUUUAAUUAAAAAAACGAGCUUUGAUCAUUCUUUUACAUUCAUCAGAUGCAGCUCAGCGUUGCACAAUUUUGACAAACAAAAAAAACUAGACGAGUCACUAAAAAUGUAGAACAAAGUAAAAAGAUAUCAUCCUCAUUUAUUCAUCAAACACUAUGUUCGCAUCGCAAUCAAAGCCAAUUUAAUCACUAAACAAAUUUUCUUCAUAUGCAUGGUGUAUGUACAUAAACUACAUAAAACAAACACACAAAUACAAUCGCAUGUCUCAUUUUUAUUUUGUAUCAAUCAUUUUCAUAUGCUCUAUUGUUGAUAAUAUUUUUCA